AUGGAGAUGCCCAGCGACCUUUCAUCCCUUAUGAUCGCAUCUUACUUGGGCCUUACUGCGGUAGUAAGGUAUCUCUUGCGCGUAGAUGAUACCGGUAUCAAUUGUAGGGAUGCUGCAUAUGGUCGAUCAGCACUCUCUUGGGCUGCGGGCAAGGGCUUCUCGACAACCACGAAAGCGUUGAUAGAUGGUCGGUCUGGUCUGCGGGGCAAGAUGCCAGGUACAAUCCGUCGCCUGUUUAACUGGACAGCUGAUGUCAACUCCAAGGGUGGAAACGGCCAAACCCCACUGUCAUACGCAGCCAUGGAGGGUCAUGAAGACGUCGUUAAGCUUCUGAUCGCCAUGGCUAAGGGGCGCGAAGCCGUCGUCAAGCUCCUUAUUGCUAAAACCGAGGUUGAUGUCGAAUCCAAGGAUAGUGAAGGCCAGACACCGCUCUCGUUUGCAGCUCACUAUGGGCAUGAAGCUAUCAUCAAACUCCUUAUCGCUACGUCCAAGGUCGAUGUCAACUCUAGGGAUGUAGAGCACCAACUAGGCAUAUCCACCCAGGUAGAUGUCGACGCUAAGGAUGCAAGUGGCCAGACACCGCUAUCAAAUGCAGCUAAGAUGGGGCACGAAGCUAUCGUUAAGAUCCUUAUCGCGACGGGCAGGGGGGUAGUUAGGCUCCUUAUCGCUAUGGCCAAAGUCGAUAUCGAGUCCAAGGACAUAUACGGCCGAACACCGCUGUCAUAUGCAGCUAGGAGUAGGCAUGGAGCUACCGUUAAGCUCCUUCUGGCGACGGCCAGAGUUGACGUCAACUCUAAAGAUGAUACCGGCAAGUCACCGCUAUGUUGGGCAGCUUUAGAUGGGCGUGAAUCAACACUUAAGUUACUUAUCGCUACGGCGAAUGUCGAUGUUGACUCCAAGGAUGCAAUCGGCCGGACACCGCUAUCAUACGCAGCUGGGAAUGGGUAUGAAGCUCUCGUUAAGCUCCUUAUGGCAACGGCCAAAGUUGACAUCAACUCUAAGGAUGAUACCGGCAAGACACCGCUAUGUUGGGGAGCUAUAGAUGGGCGUGAAGCAGAACUUAGGUUACUUAUCGCUACGGCGAAGGUCGACAUUGACUCCAGGGAUGAAGAAGGCAAGACACCGCUAUCAUAUGCAACUAGUUAUGGACAUCAAGCUGUCACUAAGCUCCUGAUAGAGACAGCUAAGGUCGACAUAAACUCUAAGGAUAAUGAAGGCCGGACACCAUUAUCGUAUGCAGCUGGGAAUGGGAAAGAAGCUACUGUCAGGCUCCUCCUCUCUAUGGACAAGGUCGAUGUUGAUUCCAAGGAUGUGGGCGGCCGGACGCCAUUAUCGUAUGCAGCUGAGAGGAGGAGUGAAGCCAUCGUUCAGCUUCUGAUCGCUACGGCCAAGGUCGAUUUUGACUCCAAGGAUGCAAACGGCCGGACACCGCUAUCAUAUGCAGCUGGGAAUGGGUAUGAAGCUAUCGUUAAGCUCCUUAUGGCAACGGCCAAAGUUGACAUCAACUCUAAGGAUAAUGAUGGCCGGACACCAUUAUCGUAUGCAGCUGGGAGGAGGGGUGAGGCCAUCGUUCAGCUCCUGAUCGCUACGGCUAAGGUCGAUGUCAAGUCUAAGGAUGUGAGCGGCCUGACACAGCUAUCAUAUGCAGAUAUGAAUGGGAGUAAGCUAGCCAGCGAUAUGGCUAGGAAUAAAGCUAUUGUUAGGUUACUUCAACAGAAGAGGUAG